GCGGCGGUUCGCCGAACCGCGGGCGUAAACAGAGGGAAGGACUUUCGUCUUCUUGCCGCGCUGGAACUCGAGAGGCGUCCGCUCGCUGCUGGAGACGCCGCGGUUUUCGGGGACAUCUUCCCAGCAAAGACACAGUGCAACACAGCCAAGCGAAGACCUCAGCCAGUCAAAAGCCAUUGGAAUGGAAAAACACUUAUCAUGUUCCGACGGCUAGAUUUAAAAUGCAACUCCUUUUCGGAUGAACAAAUGAAACGCGUUUCCGGUUUACGUCCAUCGCGAUUUCUCAUAUCGCCGUCUGUUCGCCGCUUUCCCGCCUUGACGCAUCGGCUGCUGUCGUUUGAAAACAUCUCAACAAUCCUUGUUUUAGUUCUUUCGAGCUGAAUCUUUCGAAAUUCAAGAGAACUUCUACUUAUCUGUUUUCGAUGUUUUGAUUUGGUGUACUGUCACAAUGCGUCUGACGUGUAUUGUAUGUCGAGAACUUACGCUCCCCAGUGAGGAUAUCCAUGGAGCUCUUUGCGGUCACUUUUUCCACUAUACCUGUUGGAUCGGAUGGCUUGAGAGGUCCAAGACGUGUCCACAAUGCCGUAAGAAAACUACAGAGAAGCAGUUAUUCAGGCUCUAUUUUAAUUUGGCUGAAGGUGAAGGGGAAGAAGUCGAAGAUGCUGCGGCUAUAAAUAAUAAGCUGGAUUCGCUUUCUUUCAAUCUCCGCUGCAAAGAAAGAGAUCUUGCAUCUGUUAAAGAAGAACUGGAUAAAGAGCUAAAUGUGAACAAAGGGCUAAGAAAUGAAAUUGUGAAGUACAAAAAGAAAAUGGAUGAUGCUGAUACUCAUCGACAAUGUUUAGAGGAAAAGGUAACUUAUCUGCGACUGCAAGCCAAAGAUGCAGAGCAAGCUAAAGCCAAAGUUUCAUCUCUUCAAACAAAACUUGACAGACUUUCAAGAAUGGAAACAAUUAUUCAUGGUAAUGUUGAAGAUGUGCAGGCGGUACUAGAUACAACCACUUUCUCUCAAGAAGGAAUGCGAAGUCUUGCCUUAUUCACAUCUAGUUUAAAGCGAGCUCUUGAAGAAUCCAAAGAGCGUCGAGAACAAAUGAAAGAAUCUCAUAAUGCUGAUAAGAAUGAGAUACGCAAGUUAAGACAAGAAAUUAGAGAACUGAAAGCAGCCUUAGAAACUGCAGAUAGCACAAAGCAGCACUUGGAAAGUGACAUCCGCCAUCUAGAGCAGGAGAAGAAAAGCCUAACUGAAAAAAUAAACUUUUUGGAGAAAGCAAUUCUAUCACCCAGCUCUGAUAAUGUGCGGGACAAAGCGCUCAGGAGGCUGAUCACAGAGAGCCCUGCACCCGAAUACCUCAAGCGGAUGCGAGAAGACGACGAGACCACAGAUGACGAUAGUCACACCCCUGUCAUAGCUGGCCCAGGGAGAAGUUUCUCACAGUCCCAGACUGAGAAUAUACCCUCGCAGCAAGCCAAGCGACUGGAGCUGGACGGUUCGCCAGCCUUGGGAGUCCGGCCCCUCAUUGUGAAGGGCUCUGGUGUGCCGUUGAAAAAGACUCAAUCCAUGCCUGCUGAGUUCAACAAGAUGAAUAUAUUUAGCAAGAGGCUGCAACCUUCCAACCUCAAAGCUCCGUUACGGCCCACAUCACAAUUUGGUGCAGGGUAUGAUGGCCUGGGGGGCCAUUCGGCUGCUGAUGAGUUCCCUGUGCCUAGCCCGAAACCUUUAAAGAAGCUAAAGCCCGCCGGUCCACCCAAAUUCAAAAAACUAACUGCCCCAGCAGGAGUCCCCAAGCUGGACAAAUUUGAUGGAUUUUUUUGAGUUUGAAGGCAACAUUUUAUUAUGUUUUAUGGAAAGAAUGUUGUUUGUUAUAAGUGCCUUUGUUAAAAUGCUGUUUCUAUAUUUUGAAUUAAUUAUUGUUGAGAGAUGUUAAUUUUAACAUUGAUAUAUUUUUUGUAAUAAAGUAACUUCACUGGCUGUGGUGUAUGUGUGUGCUGCAUUCUUGGUUUUCUAUCAAUGUAUAUAGUGCUUGUUUGUAAAAUGUUGUGAUUUAAUUGUCAGACCCUGUACAAUCAAUGUAAUUUUGAAGUAAACUUAAUAUUUUGAGACUUUUA